GGAGUCAAUUAUUCCUUACAUUUACAAUAAACAAUAAUGUUUAAUUUAAUGAAAAUAAAGUAAGGUGUAAUACAGUAAAAAUACAGUACAGUACAAUUUGUACAUAAUAAAAACCUGUGGAAUGUCCCCAAAAAACAUGGAAACCCAGUGCGUGUGUGUAGUGUAGUGUCACAAUAAUUAGUUUUUACACACAUUAUAAUUGCCCACCGUUUUGUCAUAAUUUCCGUCAGGACCAACAAUCUAAAUAGAAAAUAAAUAGAACAAAACUUAGAGUGCUUGGUUACCAAGGAGACAAAUUUGCCAGUAAUGAAAUAAAAAGCAGGCAGUUAAUGUGUGAAGAAAAAACAAGGUAGGCUAUAGCCUUAUUAUCAAAUCAACCAAAUAUAUUAGGCUAUGCAUAAUUUCCAGUUAAGUUGUCAUUAUCAAAUAUUCAAAAUUACCAAGUGCACUAACCAAUAAUUGAGCAUUGUAGGUGGAUAAUCUAAAUGAAACUAAUCGAAGUGAAAGACGCAUUCCAGGGUCUAAAAAGGUUGCUUUCUUUUUGAUGUUUUUUCGACUUUUUUUGUAUGGAUAAAAGUGGGGUAAAUGUAACUGUGUCAGGAAAUUGUGUACAGCGGGUGUGUAUGGUCGCCUUGAUGGAUAUCGAUAAUAUCUUCACAUUAGCAGAGCCUCCUACGUGUUGAUUGGAUGAGGGUGAUGUGCACGCUCACAGAAACGUCAAUCAGCCGGUCGUCAUGGAAACAGUUAGGCGCGUAACGCGUAACGUGCUGGCGAGUCUCUGAGCGCGGCAGAUCUGUGAGGGGAUUUAUAAACGCUCUUUGAAUCUCAUCGCCCCAGACAACCGUGAAAAUAGUUUGCGUCGUGCUCUGUGCUUUAAAGCAUCUCCACCUCUUUAAACUGACAGUAUGUAAGCGGAGAAAACACCCGCUUGUGUAAUUGAUCCGGUGUGGACUAUUAUUGACUUUGGUACUGUUUGAUUAACCAUGUCCACACAAGAGACAGAAUUACCCGACAGCCAGGAGAGGGGGGGUUUAAAGCGAAAACUGACAGGUCCUCCGAGACUUUUGCUGGGGAAGUCAAAAUCAAGGGAGAAACUGGAAGGUAAAUCUCAGAGAAGGCAAAGACAAGCUAUGACUUGUGAUGGCACAGUGGAGAAUAAUGAUCAAGAGAACUAUGGAAACGAAUCCUCACUUAUUACCCACCACAGCCCAAAAACAUCCUCAGAGGAGAAGGAAACCCAGCCAGAAGAUCCAGAAGAUACCUCAGGAAUUUUUGUAACAUUGGAGCAUGGUGAAAGCAAAGAUGAAAACAAGGAAAGUAAAACUGAAAUGACCAGAAGCACUUCAAAGACAUCCAUUAAAAGGACGUUUUCCUCGCUUCUCAGGUGUGGAAAGAGGGAGGAACCAGAGAGAACAGAAAACAAGAUUUUGAAUCUUCAGAAAACAAAGAAAAACAGAAACAAAGCUCAGCACAGCAUGUGUAACUCCGUGGAUGAGAAUGAACUGAGUGAUGUAAACAAGGAAGUUCCUAAUGGGAAAAGUAAAAAUAGGGCGUUCUUUACAGUGUGGCCCCUUUCUAAGAGAUCUACCACAUCUAAUGUCCAUCCAGGAAGGGGAUGUGGAGAGCAAGACCGUAGCAUGGUUGUUCAGGAGAUAACGACACCAAAAGGUUUAACAUUUAAAAAGAUCUACCGCAUCUUUCCAAGAAAGAAAAAAGCAUCUCAUAUUGAUCGGUUUGAGUGUAAUGCUCCCAAGGAAUCACAAAAAGAAGAAGCUAAUCAACUGAAUCGGUCACCUGCGGGUGCUUUGGAUAGUUCCACUGUCAAGAAAGAAGAGAAACAAAAACAAGAACAAGACAUAAAGGUGGAAAGCGUUCAGGAGAAAUUUAGAUUCAGUGCAGAGCUAAACGUUAACACGCAUAUUGAGUCUGACCACACGGAAGAGAGGAAGGAAAUAUGUCUCGACCGAGACGUUAGUAUGAAAAAAGAAGACAACCGGGUAUUAAAAUCUAACGGUGUUUUGGAUUCUGAGGUUCCUCCAUCGUAUUGUAGCGAGUUUCCAGGCACAUCAUCAGGUGGUGAUCUGCUAGUCUUAAUUGAGAAGCCUAUUAAAAAUAAUAUCAAAUGCAAGCCAGUGAUUACAAUAGAGCAAGCAUACUCAUCAGAGGAAGAGAAUGUGAAUGAAACACCUGAGUGUGAUGGUCUCACAGUGAAUGGAUCCUGGCAACAUUUAAGAAUAAACAGCCUAACAAUCAACACGCUGCAUCCUUCUGACCUAAAUGCGUCUCCCGAACUGGACCCCAGCCAUUGUAAUGAGACCCUGCUGAUUCAGACAGCAAUUUCAAUGGUGCAAGCAGCCAUUCGUGGCGCUGUGAAGCAACUCACCAUUGAGCAGCAGCACAAUCAGAUAGGUUUGGACCGUGCGUAACCACACAUAUCUACAUUCUUUAUUCAGCAAGCGGUUUCAUAUUUCUCUAUGAUGGUAUAAAUAAAGCUGUGUGUAACAUUGAAAAAAAAAAGAGGAAUUUCUGCUUGCGUAAACAAUGGUAAUGAUUCAAUUAUUGAUGUUGGAUUGAGGAAAUGAUUGUAAUUUUAUGUAAUAUUAAUGCUGUAAGUUUGUCUUUGCAUGAUUAACUUUUGUCAUGUAUUCAUUAAUGUCACCUUUUAUUGUUCCUAUUUUUUAUAUACUGCAAUCUAGUUUCUAUAGCAAUGAAUAUCCCACACGACUCUGAGAAGGCAACAAACCACGUGCUUGUGAUAUGUUGCGUAAAAUUGACUUCCGACAACAUUUAGAGCGACGUUUUUAUGAAAAUAUGUGGUCUGAGAACCCAGGCGUGCUUAUAGGUUGCUCUUUUCAGAUUUAAAUGAGGCCCUGACCGAAGCCUUUAGUGAAAUUGUUAGACGUUUAAUCACUGUAUACUGUAUAUCUCAAGCUUGGGAAUAACGCUGAAAGAUAAUGAUUACAUAGAGUUGGCAGCAGAGCUUAUGUUUGCUUUUGUGACAACAUGCUACUCUCUUGUGGCACUGAGAUGUUACUACAAGACAGGCAAUUGUGGGAUAGUUAGCCAGAAAUGGAAAUUAUCAUGAUUUACUUAGCUUCACGUUGUUACAAAGCUAUCAAAGAUGAUAUUUUGAAUAAUGUUUAAACACUUUUUGUCCAUAAAGUGAAAGUCAGUGGGGACCAAAACCACACUAAACUCCAUGAACUGUCAUUGAAAAUACCGAAGGAAAAAAAAGUUGCAUUUUUAAAUCAUACACAGGUUUGGAAUGGUAUGAAAGUGAGUAAGUUAUGACUUUUACAGAAUUUUCAUUUGGGUUGAACGAUUCCCAUUGAGAAGUAUACUGACAAAAAACAGAUGUAUUAUAAAACACAGUUUAUUCAAUGUGCCAUUUAUUUAAAAAAAUACCCAAACACAUUAUCACACAAUGGCACCGAGUGCUGAUGAUGAAUAAAAUCGAAAGGGACUGUUUAAAUGCACUACACAAGUCACACAGAUAACACAAAUGCAAGUUUUUUCUGUUUUAAAAUACUCAUCACAGUACACCAGCCUCGAAUUUGAGUAUUCAAUGAAUAUAACUGCAAAAAGUGGUGCUUCGACAGUUCAAAUACAGCACAAAGAAACCAUGUCAACCAUCAGUGAUGUCUUGAAAUCGAUAAAUCAUUCGAAAUAAAACAUUUUGUCACGUCUCA